UUGUGUUAAAUAAAUAUAUGUAUAUAAUUAAAAAUUUGAUUAUAUUCUUAUCUCUGGGAUUGUUCACCUACCACUCAAGCAACGCAUUAUCUAUCAGUUGCAAUAACUUGGUGAGCUAUCGAAAAAUUUGCCUUACCGUCGCUUGCUAUAAAAGAUUGGGACAAAAUGCCGACCUUUGUGCUCCGAAGAGACGCCAAACUGUCUUGGAUCAAUCAUGGUUAUCCGAAUUCUUAAAACACUUUACUCAGAGUGAAAAAUGGGUCAAAAUCGAAGAAUGUGUCAACGGAAAAACCAAGUUAGAAAAACAAUGCUUUUUAAACAACAUCAAAGUAACGUGUAAAGAGCAAGGCGUUAAAUACGAAGAAUGCAAAAAGUGUCAAGUUAUAAAUUUAGCAUGGAGUGCCUGCAAGCCUGAUUGCGGUUUAGGUAUCAAGGAAAGAACAAAUUUUUGUUUAAAAUUAGCCGACUGUCAAUGUCCAUCUGAGUCAACCGAAAAAUCCAUUUGUUUUAACAACGAGUGCACAACUAAAGUGGUAACAAUGAAGACUGAUAUAAAUGGUUUGGAUAUACUUAAAGCUUUCGCAUUGAUUAAUAGUCAAAAUAUGAUUACCAAUCCUGGUAUAAGUGCUUUAUUUCCAACCUCUGCUAAUAGUAUCGUGCCUUCGUGGGGUCAAUGGAGCCCAUGGGAAGCCUGUUCGAGCACUAAUAACAUAUGUCAGGAGAAUAGAAUACGCUGCUGCACUAUAGAUGGAGUUAAUUGCAUAGAUACUAAUCCAAAUUUUAGUAACGCUUACAAAUGCCCAGAAACUUUGACUAAAGAAAUAAGAUCUUGCCAAAAUGCUAUGUCUAAAUUUACUUACUAUAUCAGGUUUAAAGGGUUAAUUUUCAAAACAGUACUAGAACCUGGAUCCCUCAGAACCGGGAUAAAUGCAGGAACAGAAAUCAGACUGGAAACCCUCAUUAACGAGAAAAAUCUAAGAAUUGGAACAAACCUCGAACCAUAA